AUGGACACUGUCUUUGGCAAGUGCGCCAAGCCCGCCGUCUACGCAGAGCUCGAGCAAGGCCUCCAGCCCUUCGUCUACUGGCAUGUCACCGAAUCAGUUCAGGAGGGUUACACUCCCGAAGCCAUCGCUGAACUGCAGGAAGAGGAGGAGGUCGAAGCUCUCGUCCUCGAACGCAAGUCUGCUGCACGUGAUCGGGCCCUUGGUCGUUUCGUCUCGCUCUUGCACCACUACCUCGCCCGCAACAUCGACACGAAUGACAUCCAAGCUGCUGUCAAGGCCAUCGAGCUUGAUCUCGAUAGGGAGGGACCACCCUCUCCACUCGCCAAGUUCCACCUCGACACGACCGACAUCUACAAGUACGUCGAGGAACAAAAAGGCAACAAUGGCCUCAUUGGCGACGACCCUGAUUGGCACCAGCGCCCCAAAACGAGCGCCAAGCAGCAAUGGGGCGAACUUUUCAAGAUGUCGCUUGAAAAGACGCGCAUGGCCUACGUAGAGGCUUGCAGUCGCUUUGAGCAUCAGUUCGUGCUCGGUGCCCAAGCCGACGUUGCCCUCCUCAAGUUGCUCUCGAACGAAGACCUUGCCCGCCUCGUAUCUCAACAUCACGCUAAGCCUCGCCAUAAACCCGCGCCUCCCCCCAAUAUCGAUGCACCGAGUUCCAGCUUUUGGGGUCACCGAACCGGCAGCACCCGCUCUGCCGUACCCAAGGCUGUACCCGAUUUCGACCCUGUUCACCUCAUUCAGACCAGUCAGAACAUCAGGGCAGCUUGCAUCGAUCACGUUCAAAAGCAACGAGCUUUCACUUCACGAAUUUCUGAGGCUGAACGCGACCUUGACGUCGCUCUGUCUCAAGCGCUCAAUCCCGAAUCGAAUCCGGAACGCCUCUUUAAGCGCGCCAUCGAACGGUACAAUUCGGCGGCCUCCUCUACCGACGAGGAGGCGAUCAUUCAAAGCACAAAGGAUUUGCUAUCCUCGGCUUUGCGUAUCCUAAAAACGCGCGUUGGCCAGCGUAACAUCGAUCUUCGCAUCGAUGCUCACAAUCUUCGGGGCAAGACCAAUCUCCGCCUUGCUGCACUCAGACCGCGAUCCGAAUCAAACUAUCUCAACCGCGCCGUGGCUGACUGGUCCGCCAGUCUGUAUCUCGAUGAGGACCAGCCCGACAUCACCAAGGAGCUGACGGGCGCCAAAGCUCGACUGGAUGCUUUCAUUAAAGAGACUGGACAGACCAACUCCACCGACAGCAAUCUCUCAAGGAACUCUGCUGGCUCAGGGUCGCCGCCUCAAGCUCCAACCGACACUGCCGUUCCCGCUGUUUUCGCCACUCCAGGACCGUCUACGUCUAAGAGCAAAGUCAAGAUUACGGAAGCAACUCCUGCCACAGCAAACGGCUCUCAUCAGCCCAAAGCAGAGGGAGGCAACAAGCCUCGCGAGAAGACCAUCCUCGAGUCGCCCUUCUUCCGCUCGGAUCUCGUAACUGGACUAAUGGUCGAUUCGUUGCUCGCGCUUCCCUUUCCUCAUCGAGCUCUACGCGAAACACUCCGCCUACCACCUGCUGCUGCAGUCGCCUCCGCUAGCCAAGACCACGUCCCCACUCUCGACCGCCUCGCCAAGUCGCACCAGCAAACUACCAAGGCGCUGAGCGCCAAGAACAAGGCUCAGCUCAAAGACGCUGUCAAGGCGCUGAGCGCCGUAUUGGCUCUACCUGACUUGCAGCAAGUGACGCGCGACGAUGCGCCCGAAAAGGCGUUACGCAGGACCAGUCUUCGUCUCGUACUUGGUACGCUGCAUCUGCUACUCAACGACCUGGUGAAGGCUCAGACUGAGCUGAAUCUCGUAUCAAACGCGCUCAAGCCCAACACCCGCGCCGCUCAGCCCAAGAAGGGUGGCUGCAAGAAGUCCGGUACGGGCGAGAACCCGAGGCCGCCAGCUGAGGAACAGUCAGUCAACACGCAAGCAGUCGAAACAGGCCAAGCUGAUGCACCUGACGACAAGGCAACCUUCUCGGACGAUGAGGCCAUCGCACACGAAGUAGUUCUGCGGAUGCAGACGCGAGUGCAGGGUGAAGCGCUAUUUCUCCUCGCAAAGACAUGUUGGAUGGCGAACAAGGUGCAGGAGUCGGUCAAGUUCUUCCGUUGGUUUGUCAAAUGGUACUCGGAGCAGCAGGCCAACGUUGCUGCCGAAAAGUCGGCAGAGAUAGCAGAAGGAGACAACAAAGAAAUCGAUCUACCCGAGCUGGAUAUGGGCUGGUGGGACAAGUUGCUAGUCGUGCAGAAGAAGUGA